ACCAGAAUGUCCAACUUUUUUCCUGCAAGAGCUUCCAGACAGAUAUAUAAAGAGCCAGCCCAAUUUCAAUAGUCACAAGCCAACGAUCAACAAGGGCGUGUCCACCGGUCGAUCUUGCAUCUCAUUGUCGCUUCCAAGGAUCCAAGGUUCUCUGAGACUUUUAUUUCUUGACAGCCGUGUAUUCUCCUCUCUCGUUGACCAGAGACGAGCCGACCCGUUGUCAUCAUACACCAAAGAUGAUGCUCCGGCUCGCUUUCUCGAGCGUCAUCCUCCUCGCUUGGGACGUAGCGGCCGGCGUCGCAGCUCGACCUAGUGCAGGGGUGACAAGGUCUUCCGGCAGCCAUGAAUCACCUCGCACGAGACAGGUAGCAGGCACAUACCCAAUCACAGGUGUCCAGCAAUCUGGCAUACAGCCUCGUCUUGAGCUUCGUCGGCUGCAAGAGGAUUUCCCUGAUACUUUCAACCUCUAUCUGUUGGGACUUCAGAAGUUUCAGCAGGUUGAUCAAAGUGACCCAUUGUCGUGGUACGGUAUUGCAGGAAUCCAUGGCCGCCCAUACAUUGGCUGGGAUGGCGUCGGUGCAGGUCCAGGCCUGCCAGGGUCCCCAGGUUUCUGCCAUCACGUCUCGAAUCUUCUCCUUUCGUGGCAUCGUCCUUUCCUUGCUCUGUACGAGCAAGUUCUGUUCCUGCAUAUUCAAGAUGCGGCGAAUGAGUUUCCCGAGGGAGAACUCCGUCAACGCUAUACCGCAGCCGCCUCGACAUGGCGGAUUCCAUAUUGGGAUUGGGCAGCGCCGCCACAGAAUGGGCAGGGUGUCUAUCCGGACAUUCUUGGUGCCCCGACUGUGAAGGUAACGACUCCUACUGGAGAGGCCGAAAUCGACAAUCCCCUUUAUUCGUACAAGUUCCACCCCGUCUCUGUAGAGGACUUCUACUGGCAGCCAUUUACCUCUUGGCCAGAGACUCUGCGCUCUCCCGAUUCGCAAAACAUCAGCCGGAGUACCUUGGUUGCCUCGCAACUCGACAACAAUCGCCCGUCUUUCAUGAGUCGUCUCUAUAACCUCUUGACCACGUAUGAUAACUUCACACAGUUCGAGACUUAUGCCAGGCAAGAUCCAAACAGCCCCAAUGCGGAUAGCCUGGAGUCCAUUCAUGAUGCAAUUCAUGGUAUCACCGGCGGUAACGGCCACAUGUCCUACCUAGACUACUCCGCAUUUGACCCUCUCUUUAUGCUGCAUCAUGCUAUGGUCGAUCGGGUAUUUGCUGUCUGGCAGGCACUCCAUCCGGAUAGUUAUGUCGAACCAAUGAUUUCAGUGGAACAGACAUAUACGACUUCUGUGAAUAGCCUUCUCGAUGGCGACACUCCCCUGCAACCAUUCCACUCCGACGGCAGUGGGACUACCUGGACGUCUAACGCCGUCCGAUCCAUUGACACGCUCGGCUAUACCUAUCCCGAACUCGCCAACAAUGCCGAUCAGUCGAGCAUUCGCGAGGCCGUCAAUGCCCUUUAUGCAGGCGGUCAGACCAGCCGAAAGGUGUCCUCCUUCAGCCGCCUGCAGAGUGCUGCCGACGCCGACUCCAGCCUCCCGGACGAUCAAUACCACGCAUAUACUGCCAACAUCAACUCUCGCAAGUUUGCCUUCAAGGGCUCAUACGCUAUCUAUGUCUUCUUGGGAAAUGUGACAAGUGAGAACGCAGCAGAAUGGCCCCUGGCGUCGAAUCUUGUCGGUACACAGGGUGUCUUUACCGGAAUGACGAUGCCUGUCGCAGCUUCAUCAAACAAAAUGUCGUCAGAUGGUACGCAGGAUUCCAGCGACGCUGCUGGCGGCAGUGUCACGGUCACCGGCACGGUACCAUUGACCGACGCUCUCCUGAAACAUGUCAAAUCAGGAGAUUUGGCAAGCCUGAAAGAAGCCGACGUGAGAGCUUUCCUGCGCAAGAAUUUGCAAUGGCGUAUUGGCAAGUACGACGGCACCGCGAUCACUGAUACCAGUGCGGCGGAUCUAUCCAUUACUAUCAUCUCCGCAGAAGUCCAACCUGCCAAGGCGGCCGACCAAUUCCCGACUCGGAGCAAUUUCGCUGUUUUGGAUGCGCAGGAAGCCUAAUCUGGGAAGUCUCCAAAAGUUUCGAGGGGUGCAAAUAUAAUUCCAUGGAAAAUGCUUCUCUAAUAGUGGUUCGAUUGCUCGGGUUUGGAAAUGCGGGAGACGCGAGGAGCAAGUUCUUGGUGCAUGGCUACUCCUGAAUUGCUUCCAUUAAUAGUUAAUGUUGAAGUGCACGCCUAGUCAGCUAAUUAAUAAUAUUUGACGAAUGCUCAUGGACUGAGGUUACUCCCUACUUGCGUUCACCAUAUCGACAUGCCAACGACGGCCGAAUUGGAUGCAUCGAGAGUUCCGAUCCUCAAAGUGUCUAUAUUGUCGCUCAAAU